GGCGGCCCCGCCUCGCCCGGCCGAGGGGCGGGGGCUCCCGCAGAGCUGCUGCUACCGCCGGCCGAGCGCGGAGCAGCGACCGCGGCGAGCGACGGGAGCCGGAGCGAGGCCGGGCGGGCAGUGGCUGCGCAGGCUCCUCCUGGAGCGGCAGUGCCCGAGGAAGAAGAAGAAGAGGAGGAGGCAGAGGAAGAGGAAAGAGGAGGAAAGGCGGGGGGGUUCCCGGACCGGGUGUGUGUGGCGGCGCGGGGUCUUUGCCGGCCUCCCGCGAGGUCUAUGAGUCGCGGGCGGGUAGCCCCGUCAGCGCCCCGCUCCCGCGGCUCCGGCAACGGCCCGUGGCGGCGGUGAGAUGGGGGGCAGCCUGGGCUGCCACCGCUCCAUCCCCCGCGACCCAGCCGACCUGUGCCACAGCCGCAAGUUCAGCGCGGCGUGCAACUUCAGUAACAUCCUCAUCAACCAGGAGAGGCUCAACAUCAACACGGCCACGGAGGAGGAGCUGAUGACCCUGCCCGGGGUCACCCGAGUGGUGGCCCAGAACAUCGUGGAGUACCGCGAGUAUAUCGGUGGCUUCAAGAAAGUGGAGGACCUAGCGCUGGUGAGCGGGGUGGGGGCGGCCAAGCUGGAGCAGGUGAAGUUCGAGAUCUGCGUGAGCAGCAAGGGCAGCUCGGCGCAGCACUCGCCCAGCUCCCUCCGAAAGGACCCGGCUUCAGAGCACUACCUGUCCGCCACUAAGAUCAACAUCAAUACUGCCACCCCGGCACAGCUCAUGAGCAUCCGUGGCCUCACUGAGAAGAUCGCCAAUAGCAUCGUGGACUACCGUAAAGAACAUGGACCCUUCAAAAGUAUCGAGGACCUGGUGAGGAUGGAUUGCAUCAAUUCCUCCUUUCUGGACAAAAUCCGACACCAGAUUUUUGCAGAGCGCUCCAGGCCCCCUUCAACAAACACCAACGGUGGCCUCAACUUCAUGGCCAAACCUCACCCCAGCCCCACCUCUCUAAGCCUCCAGAGUGAGGACUUGGACUUUCCUCCCGGAGGUCCAACCCAGAUCAUAUCUACUCGUCCCUCUGUGGAGAUGUUUGGGGGCGUGAGAGAUGGCAGACCCGUCUUAAGGGUGGCUACGUGGAACCUGCAAAGCUGCUCCAUCGAGAAGGCCAACAACCCAGGCGUGCGGGAGGUCGUGUGCAUGACGCUGCUGGAGAACAGUAUCAAGCUUUUGGCUGUGCAGGAGCUGGCUGACAGAGAAGCACUGGAAAAGUUUUGUAUGGAGCUGAACCAGCCGACGCUGCCAAACAUCCGCAAGUGGAAGGGCCCUAGAGGAUGUUGGAAGGGUGUUGUUUCCGAAAAACCCUCAGGCCAGCUACACGAGGGAGUUGAAUAUUCUGGCUUCCUCUGGGAUACAACAGCUGGCAUUGAGUUGAAAGAUGCCUCAUCUCGGGAGGGUGCACAGACUAAUGGGAAUGGGAGGCACUCAUAUCCUCAUCCAUAUCUUGCACAUUUCAAGGUUGGAAUGAAUGAUCUGACUGUGGUUAACCUUCACCUGGCCUUGCCACCCUGUGCAGGAGAGAACACUGAGAAGAACCAUGAUAGCCACAAACUGGCAGCCUGUGCACAGAGUUUGCAGGAGACUCUGAAAGGAGAAAAGGAUGUAAUAAUCCUUGGAGACUUUAACCAGGCCCCAGACAGCAGUGACCAUGACAUCCUGAAGAAGGAGAAGUUUCACCAUCUGGUCCCUUCCAGCACCUUCACCAACAUCAGCACAAAGAACCCACAAGGGUCCAAGUCAUUGGAUAACAUCUGGAUCAGUCGAAGCUUGAAAAAGAUUUUCACAGGCCACUGGGCUGUCGUGCGAGAAGGGCUUACAAACCCAUGGAUCCCUGAUAAUUGGUCCUGGGGUGGGGUGGCUUCAGAGCACUGCCCCGUGCUCGCUGAAUUUUACCUGGAAAAGGACUGGAACAGGAAGGAGGUGACACGGAAUGGGAACGGGGUGACGGCUGAACGCAACGACUUCCACACUAAGCAUGAACGAUGACGUGAACUUGAGGGUGCCUCUUCUGCCAUCCAGGGAAGGCUCUGGUUGCUCAUGACUCCACGGCACGGCAGGACUGCUUUCCGCUCCCUCUCCUUCCUGCUCUCUUCCCUGCACUUAGAAAGUAUCAGCACUUGAUUUUGGUGGUCCUGGCUUUGUGCCCCUCCUGGACAGUUCUGGACGGAGUCUUAUGGCAACAGAACAAUCUGCAACUUUUUCUGGGGACACAGUGGACAUUCCCAUGCCUGCAGAUUUGGAUGAGAAUUGUACAGAAAAUAAAGUGUACUUUUAAUACUGGAAAAGUUCUUUGCUAAAAUUCAGCUGAACAGGAUUUGCUGGGAGGGGCAGGUGGUGGUUAUUUUCUUGUGUAAAGUGAGGCAAUAAGAGAGACCCCAAAAAGAGAGACACGGUGGACAUUCUUGGUGAGUCUCAAAUACCAUUCAACACUUGCAAAAGCUGCUGGAGCUGGUCCCUAUGUGACCUGCAGUGAGACCUGAGUGGUCCCUCUGCCCCAGCCAGGAGAUACAACUGUUCUUCUGCAGCCCUGUGUAGGCACCCUUCAUCCUUUCUUUCCUCCUUCCUUAUGCUCCUGGCAGGGUCAUUUUGCCCCAGAAUAGCUUCCUGGAACUUGACUUUGUCUUUUUGUUUGGUGCAACAUUCAGUAUUGGGUUUUCUUUCUGCGCAAUAACUUUCAGAAGCUGGGAAAGCACUAGCUUGUCCCUCUGCAUAGCCAGAUCUGCGUCUCCACUGCCUUUUGCCUUGCUCCUGGAUCUUACAGGAACAGCAUUUGUCCUCAGGCCCUGCCGCUGGCAUCAGUGAGAGGUAGCCAUGGGUCUUUGUCUAGGAGUCAGUAUUCUGCAUCGGGGAGAAACAGGCCAUGCAUACUGGAGGUCUAUAGAUGAGCCAUAUUCAUGCAAUCCCUGCAGGGGCUGACCCACAUGAUGCACUGACCUCUACCCAUUGACUUUUUUUAGGGGGUUUCAGUUUCUCCUUCUGGCAGACCUGGCAGUAAUACAUCCCUUUCCUGAGCCUCACUGCUGUAUAAGCCUGAUUCACUCACCACAACGGGAGGUCGAAAUACAGCAUGAGGUCAUCGUGCAUAUGGCAGGGAUGGGGAUUGCUUCCAAGCAGGUUUGGAUUCCUCGGUGGCAGGACUUCAGUCAACCCCCUGCCACGAGGGGGAGCAUUGAAUUUGCCACCUACAUGAGAUUUUUCAUGCAGCAAUUAAUAACCAGGUGCCUAAAAAGGAAACAUAUCAGGACUUCAGCAUCUGCAAAAGAAAUAGGUUAAGUGAGCACUGAGCUGCCCACUAACCCAAUGCCUGCUGCUCCUGGCUGCAGGUGACCUCACAUUUUGCUGCUGAGAGGAAAGUUCUCUGGCAUGGUUUACUACUCUUGACCAGACCAAAGGAGAUGUUGUAACUGAGGGUUUUAGAGCAAAACAGUAUCAUAUUCUUGCAAUAUUUUUAUUACUUUAACUUUCUGAAAUACCACCUCAUUUCUAAUGAUACAACAGUAACUAAUUUCUCAACAACUAAAUAAAUUCCCAUGCAAACACACACAGUUGAACAGCUUUUUUGUUUGCAUGCAAAACUAAACCCAGGAAAGGUGGCAUAGCCUGGGAGUGAGUCUCAGACUGAGGGAGAUUUCAAGGAUAUUUCAAGAGGUUAAGUGAAUGACUAAGAACUCAGAGCAUCAGGUCAAAAAUGUACCUUUAGUUGCUCAACAUUACCUGUUGAAAAUGGGAGGUGUAGGCACUAAUCUCUGGUCAUUAAAGAAACUAGCUGAAGACCUUGGCUUCAGCUUUCAUACUCUAUCCUUGCUGCAGCUUUAUCCUUUUCAAUCAGGCACAAUUUUGCUGGCCUCUUUUAAGCAGCACCAGAUUCUCCAAGAAACUCUUACCGGAUAGCUGCAAAAUAUAGGUGAAGAUGCAAUAGAGUUGCCUUAGUCAAAUGAAUACAUGAGGUGAGAGGCAGUAAAAUUCCUAAGAAUACACUCACUCUCUUGUACCAGCUAGUGUUUCCCUGCUAUAAAUAUGUUUGGAGGCUGGAAUUAUUUUAUAGCUCUAGAAAUAAAACUUGGAAAGGCCAGAUUCCAUUUAUUCAGCUGUGCGUGUAAAUAAGUGCAGAGGCACUAAAGCCUAGGGAAGCACCUGCAGCCUCCUGCAUAGGUGAAAGUGCAAGAGACCCUUGCUUUGGCUCAUGAGUUAACAGGGGUUGCUGGUGUGGGAAAUGAGCUGAGCCCCUUUCAGAACUCACGUGUGAGCUGUAGGGAAGGUUGAUCAAGCUGGUCUGUAGCCUGGAGGUUACUCAGCCCAGUGGAGAGCUCUGGAAAGGUGAUUACUUGGUAGAUAAAAAGAUGCCUUGGGAUAAGAUGGGAGGAAGAUGGAGGAAUUGGGUAUCUAGAGGUGGAAUUUUGCCUUGUGUGGAGUAUCUGUAUGAGGUAUGUGCCUGGUUACUUCAUGUUGGCAAUCAGCAGUGCCUGACUGUGGUCUCACGGGUUUUAAAAAUCUUGCUUUGUUUGCUUUUUUCUGACAACCCUAGAGGAAGAUGAGGUGGUUGUGAGUCUGAUGGAUUUUGGAGUUUCCAAGAACAUCUGUUGUGCUAUAGUUCUUCAGAAGCUGAUGUGGUGGCUGUGUUCCCUGUGGGAGCAAACCUGAAUAGCAAUUUUAUUUCAAGAUGCUCUUAGUGGAAGCUCUGCUGGUACAGCUGGUUGUGGCUUUAGUGCCCAGGUAGGCCCUAAAAGAAGGCAGCAACUAAGGAGGGGGUACAGAAGUAGUGAGCCUUUCUUACAGAAGGGUGGAUACAACUUACACAUUUUGGGGCCCCCUCAGGAGCCCACAUUUUGUGAGGCAGAGUCCUGCUUCAUUAAUAAUGUCGCCAGUGGCUACACACUGAUUCGGUCAAGGUUUGUUUUUUUCUAAGGCCAUUUAUCUCACCUGUGCACAGUGAAGAUUGGCAAAAAUCCUCUCUGCCCACUGAACAUGAAGCCUUGGCCACUUUGUUAUAACAGUGCUGCCUCCUGUCUCCUGCUGACAUGUGCUAGCCUCAGACCUCCCCUGGCCAGGGGAUGUGGUGACAGCUGAUACACAGCCCAUGGUCCCUUCAGUGGCUGUGGUUGGUCAGACCAUACAGUGCAGGGAGCUCUCUCCUCCUUCAGGCAGGAGAGGCAGCUCUUGGAAGGACACGUUUGAGUUUCUACCUUUUAGCAUCUUCUGGAAAAAGCUUAAAGCAGCACCCAGCUCACCAAGGCUACCACGUCUAGUAUUUGGCCUCUUUGCUGGUCACAAUGAAAACUUUUAAAUUAUUCUCAGCCAAAUUAUUCUCCUUUCCUAUUUGCUCUGACCCAUUUGCUUCAUUGGAAAGCCUCUGCUUUGUCCUUUGGGCUUUUUAAAAGAACUUACUUGACAAAUGUCCAUUUGGUCACUUUGCAGUGUUGUUGCACUACAGUGUUGCAAGCCAUCUAAAAAAGGAGGUACGAUACAGAAGGGUUUGGAGAAUUGCUGAAAACCUCUGAGGAGCAAACACAAGGAAAUAACUGUCCUGGAGAUGAACUUCCAAGAACCAGGUUAUGCAGCAGCAGGUUGAUAAAUCCUGAUGCAGUGUUGUAACCCAAAACUAGGGGUAGAAGGAAUGCUAUAACUCUUUCUAGGGUCCUAUAUCAUUGGCAGGAAAGCCAUAAGGGCCUCUGUCCUCCCUGAUCUCUCCUGUUACCCUAUGUGUCCACAUCCUAUUGGCUUCUUGCCAAGUCCCCUCCCUGACCUUUUCCC